CGCCUCAUAAAGCGGCCUCCUCUGCCUGCUUGCAAAACUCGCAAAUUGGAAACAUGGCCGAGCUGGUGGAGCUGCAGCCGGGCGACGAGAUGUACGAGAAAAUUUUCAAACUGACCGUUCGUCCCCGCCAAAAGAUCUACAUCGAAAAGAUUUACGCAAUCAUCAAUCCGACGUCGCUGUCCAUCUACGAAGUGGGGAAAUUCAUAAUCGAAGAGGAAAUCGGCGGGGAGAGCAAAGUUUUUGACCUUUUCCACGGCUCGGCCGAAGGUGCGAGGAAAAUCGUCCACGAGGGUUUCAACCUGAAUUUUUCCAAAGAUUCGGGAAUUUUCGGCAAAGGCUUCUACUUCGCCGCCAACCCUUACGACGCCAUCCGCUACGGCCUACCCCGGAGUGCAGAAAGUGACACAUUGGAAUGCACUUCGCAAAUCCUCCUGUGUCGCUGCGUCGUGGGAAGGAUUUUUGAAACCCCAGAACAACCCGGAUGCAUUCCAAAAGGAUUUCACAGCGCCUUUUGGUUCACCGAUGAUUGCGACUGUUUCUCCUACUGCUUCCCAAAAAGUGAACAGAUUCUCCCGUACGCCCUUAUUGAGUGCAAAUUAUAUUAUGAAGAUUAAAAAUUGCGUCUCUGCCGUUGACAACACUGAUACCUCAAGCAACAUCUUCGGCUUCUCUCUAAAGGACAAAGGACUUGCAAAAUAAUCGAGCAACGCUGUGAUGUUAUUGAGUUUCUCUUAUAGUCAAUGUACAUAGUUAAUAGAAAAAAAUGUAAACUGGCUGUUCAUGGGAGAAAAUCAAAAUAAUUUAAUUGUGAUUCAAUUGCACUUUAAAAUGUUUCUUUUAUAUAUUAAUUUUGUUAAUAAAGAAAUUUAAUUACUUAUCAUGAAAUAAUAAAUCAAUUAUCUCGCAGCCUAUUAAUGUUGGAACUUUUCGAGGAUGAUCAAACGGGAAGAAGAUAAUAUGGGCAACGAAUCGUUUUACCAGGAAUUUAUUUUUCGUAAUUAACCAAAUUGCUUUAAUCAUUAUUUUUUAUCAUUUCUGUAUUUCUAGCAGUUUCUCAUUCCAACACGUUAAUUAUU